AAAAAGAAAAGGGGAGCAGCCAACCGAGAGGCGGGCCGUUCACAUUUUGAACUGAGUCCUACACGCCCACACCACACGCCCCGCUUUGACACUACAGUCAGUCCUCCAUUCACUUCCUCAACUCCUGUUACGUAACGCACCUUUCUUUUUCCCCUUCAAAGAAGAAUUUAUCCUUGUGUUUGCUUCUCUUGCCGCUUCUUUAUACCAACACAAAUUCCUUCUAUUGCUUGCAUCUUUCCCUCCGCUCUCCAAACCCUCCCGCUCUUCCUUUUUUCUUCCACUCUCAUGGCGAGCUGGAACGAAGAUCCCACCUCUACACCUCAGCCUUCGCAAUUUCACUUUCAUCUCCAAAAUCAAAGCCAAUCUUCUCCUUCUACUUCUACUCCUGAGAUUGAGAAUCCGCUCUUCUUUUCCUCUCUUCGUAAACCACAUCAUCCUCUUUCCUCUUCUCUUCCUCCUUCUAACACUCCUUUAGCUUUUCAAUUGCAUGCUGCUAACACGCAUUCGGCUUUCGCUAAACUCGAGUUGAAGCAAAAUAAUGAAAAAUACAAUCAUGAGACUAAGUAUAGUGGACAAGCAACCAUCCCUACUCGUAGCAAAUUGGUUACUGGUCAUACACUUGGUCCUUCGUCCGCCGCUGGCAGUGAGCGAAACAAUAGAUCAAAGGCUCCAAAAAAUGGCAAAUUAGGGAUUCAAAGAUCAAAUUCAGAGUCUCUUAAUGGUGUGAAUCCGGCUACUGGUUGUCGCUAUGACAGUUCUUUAGGCAUAUUGUCCAAGAAAUUUGUCAAGUUGAUCCAGGAGGCCAAGGAUUGCACCCUUGAUCUCAACAGAACUGCAGAUGUGUUGGAGGUCCAAAAGAGGAGAAUAUAUGAUAUUACAAAUGUUUUGGAAGGAAUAGCAUUGAUAGAAAAAACGUCAAAAAACCACAUACGGUGGAAGGGCUAUGACGGUUGUGGGCCAGAGGAGUUUGAUAAUCAUGUUAACAGAUUAAAGGCUGAUGUUGAAAGCUUACAUGCUGAAGAAUGCAGGGUCGAUGAAUCUAUAAGGGAAAAGCAAGAGCUUCUGAGGGCCCUGGAGGAAGAAGAAAAUAAAAAAAGGCAUCUCUUUUUGAUGGAAGGGGAUAUCACAAGCCUUCCAUGCUUCCAGAAUCAAAUGCUUAUUGCAAUAAAAGCUCCUCAAGCUAGUUAUCUUGAAAUUUCUGAUCCCAAUGGGAAUAUUGGUCCUCCUCAGUAUAAGAUGAUUGUUAGAAGCAACACUGGACCAAUUGAUUUGUACCUCUUAAGCAAAUACCAAAAACAAGACAAGGAUGUAGCUGUCAAACAAGUUAAACCACUGAAUCCAUCUGCUCAGAAAUGUGGUCCACACAGAAUGGAAACUGAAGGGCCAUCUUUAGAACCACAGCAUGAUAAAAAUAAUGUUGCUGAAAUGUUCAGCUUACCAUAUUCAGAGGAGUCUGGAAUUCAGAAGAUAAUUCCUUCAGACUAUGAUAUAGGUGAUGAUUAUUGGUUUCAAUCAAAUCCCGAAGUCAGCAUUUCAGAGUUGUGGGGGACCAGCAGUAAUUAGCAUCCAAAAAGUGAGAUUCAUUAAUUUACAAUUUUUGAAAUAGUUGAGCCUGUCAUAUAAUUUGAAGGUCUAACUUAUUAUCAGCCAGGACAAUUCAUGCGUUUACAUACUUUCUACAAUCAACAGCGAGGAUUUAGAUCUGUUAGAUGGCAUCCUUGAUGCCUCUGGGAAGAGUUGGUCACUAUUUUGGUUGUGCUGUUCAUAAGGUACUUGUAAGUGUAAAUUUUGUAGGUUUAUUUUUCAUUUUUAUUUUGAUAGAGUAUAGCUACUUCAAUUUUUUUUACCUUAAAUUAAUGCUAACCAUUUAAGAUAUUAGGAAAUGCAUAGCUAUGGAUGCUGGAUCUCGCCAGUUGUCUUUUAUCUCUAA